AUGGGCUAAGUUUAACAGUCUAAGAAACAAUUUUUAAAAAAUUGGCAAAAACUGGAUUAAUAUCAAAGCAAAAUGUAAUUUUGAGUUUUAAUUUAGUUUUGGAAAUGUAAUUGAAGUCUAUUAAGAUUAAUAGGAGUAAGUUGCAGUUAUACAUAAACUAUUUUAAAAUGAUGAAUAAUAUCAAAAUGAGUUAAAGGAAUUACAAUCAUAUUAAUAAUUAUCGAAUAUACCUGGAUUGAUUAGAUUGUUAGAAAUUCAUAAAUAAGAAGAAAAAUAUCUUUGCAGCAACUUUUAUAAAAUUGAUGCCAUCUAUGAAUAUGGAGAUUAAUUCACAUUUCAAAUACCAUUGUAUUAAUUUAUUCAGCAAGUGAUGCACACAUUAAUUGAGUUAUAAAAUAGAAACAAAUAUCAUGGCGAUUUAAUACCUUCCUCGUUUAUUUUUAAAAAUUAAGUCAAAGUUUUUCUCCCUAGAGUUAAUCAUUACACUCGACUCUUAAAUGGUAACUAAGAGGAUUGCUAUUUAUCUCCAGAAUUAUUAGAAUAUUUAGGAAGAAGAUCUUACCAUUUUUAAUAUCAUAAGGAAAAAAGUGAAAUAUUUUCUAUUGGUCUUAUUACUUUAGAGUUGAUCUUGUAAUAAUCAAUUUAAAAAAUUUACAAUUUUUCUACCUAUUAAAUUAACAAGGGUAAUUAAAGAGACUAAUUUAGAUAUAUUGAAUAAUUUCCUUCAAAGAGCAGACAAUAAAUUAAUCAGUAAAAUGCUGGAGUUAUAACCUGAUAAAAGACCAAAUUAUCUUUCAAUUUAUGAAGAAAGCUUAGUUGAAAUGAUGCAGCAAUCUGCUAUUAAAAUAGAAUAUUAAGAAUAAAUUUAAAUAAAUUAAAUAUCUAAUCAAUAAUUCUAAGACAUACUAUCGAUUCAUUAAUCAAAAAUUUUGCAUAUUGAAACUUAAGCAGUCUAAUCAAUCAAUAAUUUUAAUUAAACCAAUCCAACUUAAAGAUCUGUAUCAAAUCUUAUGGAUAACAGAAGAAUAAAAUCUAUAUCACAAUCUAAAUAAAAUCCAAAAAAAAAAGUAAAAAAGGUUCAUCCACAAAUAAUUGAAAGAAGUCCUCGUAAUAUUAUUAAAAUAAACUCAAAAAAACAAUCUAGUCAUCUUUUUAACUUGGAGCAAUUAAAAUAACCAGAAACAAAUAUUAAUAAAUUGAAUUAGAAUACAAAUAUUAAUCUAAGUUAAGUCUAAUAAUUUAAUUCCUCUUUAUAAUAAAAUGAUCCUUUAUUAUCACCUAAUAAUAGAUAUUCAUAUAAAAAAUCUCAUUAAUCUUCAGCAAUAAAACACUAAUCAGUUUAACAAAAUGAAUAUGCUUUUUUGCAUGAUUAAAUUCAUGUGCCAUUCAAUCCAGGAUCUAAUUUUUUAGAUUUCUCAAGUUAAUAAGAAAUAUUUGAGAUCAAAACACCUAAUAUUUAAAGACAAACAUCAAAAUUCAAAGAUAUUUCAAAGAAAUAACCUUAAAUCAGUUUAUAAAACAUGAAACAUAAUUAUAAAGAGUCUAUAUAGAGGAAACCUGAUUUACUAAAAAGUUAAAGACCUAGCCCAAAAUCUCCAAUUGAACAAAGAAUUCAAGGAAAAUAUUAUAAGAAAAUGUGA